UGGCCCCGACCGGGCCCCACUGCCCACCUCUCUCCCUACCUCUCAGUCUCCUCCAACACCCCACUUUGAAAUCAUCAAACCCCCGGAACACCAGACACACACGCAGCAGAGCAGCACACUGAAUGCGUCCGUGAAAUCUCGCUGCAGUACUGUAGUCGAUGUCUUCGCGAAACGGCGUCGCGCCGAGGGGUGCCGUGAAGCUGGAUCGCCCGGCCAAUUUCAGAACGUCGUCGUUCAAGUCCAGGCUCCCUCCUUCUCAAUCUCCCGGAUCCGCCGUGCGCCGGAGCAGCCCGGCGCUGUUUGGCACCGCAGCUUCCAAGGAUGACGGAGUACCCGGAAGAGUUCGAGUAGCUGUAAGAUUGCGGCCCAGAAAUGCGGAGGAGAUGAUGGCUGAUGCUGAUUUUGCUGACUGUGUGGAGUUGCAGCCAGAGCUUAAAAGAUUGAAACUUAGAAAGAACAAUUGGGAUUUGGAUACCUAUGAGUUUGAUGACGUGCUCACGGAGUAUGCAUCGCAGAAGCGUGUCUAUGAAGUUGUUGCCAAGCCUGUCGUGGAGAGUGUUUUAGAUGGUUACAAUGGCACGGUUAUGGCUUACGGUCAGACAGGUACAGGGAAAACAUUUACUCUUGGACAGCUUGGAGAAGAAGAUACAUCUGAGCGUGGAAUCAUGGUUCGUUCAAUGGAGGACAUUCUGGCAGAUAUAUCUCCCCAGACUGAUUCUAUCUCUGUAUCGUACCUGCAGCUUUAUAUGGAGACCCUACAGGAUCUGCUUGAUCCGGCAAAUGAUAAUAUUCCCAUUGUGGAAGAUCCAAGAACUGGAGAUGUUUCAGUACCUGGGGCCACUAUCGUAGAGAUAAAAAAUCAGCAAAGUUUUCUGGAGUUGUUAAGAUGUGGGGAAGCUCACCGUAUAGCUGCUAACACAAAAUUGAACACUGAAUCGUCUCGUAGUCAUGCGAUUUUGAUGGUACAAGUUAAGAGGUCUGUCUUAGGAAGAGAAGAUGAUGUUGCAAGUGAAAAUGGUGACCCUACUCACUUGACCAAGCCUUUCAAGCCACUAGUCCGGAAAAGCAAACUUGUGGUGGUAGAUUUGGCAGGUUCUGAACGUAUACAAAAAUCAGGAAGUGAGGGACAUAUGUUAGAGGAAGCUAAGUGUAUCAAUCUAUCGCUUAGUGCACUAGGGAAGUGCAUUAAUUCUCUAGCAGAGAAUAGUUCUCAUGUUCCAUUUCGCGAUUCAAAGCUUACAAGAUUGCUUAAAGAUUCGUUUGGAGGAUCAGCGAGGACUUCAUUAAUUGUUACUAUUGGACCUUCUCCACGUCAUCGGGGAGAGACUACAAGUACCAUACUAUUUGGACAAAGGGCUAUGAAGGUGGAGAAUAUGUUGAAAAUUAAGGAAGAGUUUGAUUACAAAAGUUUGUCAAGAAAACUUGAAGUACAAGUGGACAAGCUUAUUGCAGAAAAUGAAAGGCAGCAUAAAAAUUUUGAGGAUGAAAUUGAAAGAAUAAACCUAGAAGCACAAAAACGUGUCUCUGAUGUUGAAAGAAACUUUGCUGAUGCAUUAGAGAAGGAGAGGCGAAAAUGCCAAAUGGAUUAUAUGGAAGCUGUUAAGGAGCUGGAGGAGAAGUUGGUGUCAAAUCAGAAGCCAGACCAUGAGGGCCUGGUUGAUAUUAAAUGUAACGGAGAGGGGUCCGGGCUUUCUCCUUCUAAGGAAGUGGCUGAGUUACAAGAGUUGCUUCAAAAAGAAAUUGACCUCAGAAAGAAGGCUGAGGAGGAGCUGAAAAAUCUCAAAAGCCUAGGGCUAUAUUCACAAUCACAAGCUGGUGGAGAUGCGGAAUUUUUAAAGGUUCAUAAACUUCUGGACGAGGAAGCUGAACAUAAGAAGAAACUUGAAGAAGAAAUAGUAAUUUUACGCAGUCAGUUGUUGCAGUCGAAUUUUGAAGCUGAGCAGAUGAGAAGGUGUCUUGAUAGAAGCGGGUCUGGAAAUGGGUUUACUGGUCUAGAUUCUUCUGCACCUUCAGUUAGGCAUUCCUAUCCCAGAGACACUGGGAAUGGACACAAGGCACCAGUUUCCACACUCUUUGAACAAGUUGGAUUGCAAAAGAUUUUGUCCUUACUUGAGUCGGAUGAUGCUAAUGUUCGCAUUCAUGCUGUAAAAGUGGUAGCCAACUUAGCGGCUGAAGAGGCAAAUCAGAAAAGGAUAGUUGAAGCUGGUGGUCUUACUUCCUUGCUGAUGCUUCUUAGAAGCUUUGAGGACGAAACCGUUCGAAGAGUGGCAGCUGGUGCCAUUGCGAAUCUUGCAAUGAAUGAAGCCAAUCAAGAAAUUAUAAUGCAGGAAGGUGGGAUUAGUUUGUUAGCAACGACAGCUGCUGAUGCUGAUGAUGCUCAAACCCUACGCAUGGUUGCUGGAGCUAUUGCUAAUUUAUGCGGCAAUGAUAAGCUACAGAUGAAGCUAAGGUCUGAAGGUGGUAUUAAGGCGUUGCUAGGAAUUGUGAGGUGCGGGCAUCCUGAUGUUCUUUCCCAAGUGGCACGUGGAAUUGCUAACUUUGCAAAAUGUGAAUCACGAGCGUGUACUCAAGGGAUAAAGAAUGGAAGAUCUUUCUUGAUAGAAGAUGGUGCACUUCCAUGGAUUGUACAAAAUGCUAAUGACGAGGCUGCACCAAUCCGGCGCCACAUCGAGCUUGCACUCUGUCACUUAGCACAACAUGAGGUGAAUGCGAAGGACAUGAUUAGUGGAGGUGCCCUCUGGGAGCUAGUUAGAAUUUCUCGAGACUGUUCACGAGAGGACAUAAGGAGUCUUGCUCAUCGGACUUUGAAUUCAAGCCCCACUUUCCGUGCUGAAAUGCGACGGUUACGGAUAGACUACUGAUUAGCAAGCAGUGUGAUGGGCUGCUCUGAAUAUAUUAUCUCUCCAGUCAAUGAGAGAUGCGCACACAAAUUCGUGAUGCUUCUGUAUAGCUUGGUCCAGAAUUGAGUCCGACUAUUGUUACGUGCUAAAAAGGGGCAUGACCGGUAGAAUUCCUCGCAAUUUUUGUGUAAAGUAAGUGAGGUUCAGUUUACGUUCUUGUUUUAUAGCUCUUCUCUUUAGCUUAGCGUCUGUUUGUAAUCGGUGAAAAUGAACAAAUGAAGAAGGGAGAGAUGUUGCGGCUUAAGGGGGAAUCGAGUCCCGUACGGUUGGAUAAGGUACAUAAGCUCGAAAUGGCAUCACGCCCAUUCGAUGUUGUAUCGAUUUAUUCGUAUAACCAAUGAUAAUCUUCAUUCUUUAGUUUGUUAAA